UCUGUGUGUGGCGCAGAGGAGGCAGGAGAUGACUGCUGCCCUCCUCACUUCUCCACUGAGCCCUCAGGAGAGUGGAGUGAGAAGGACUGCAUGGGGACCGCACGGCUGCACAGUGAUCGGUUUUCUCUGAUAGAAGAUCUCAGCUGUGUUUUGGAAAGGAAAUUGCGCAGUUAAACAAUGCAGCCUUAAACCGUUUAGACAGUUUAAAUAUAUAUAUAUUUCGUAAAGCUCUUUCGUGCAGUUCUAAGUGAUCUGAAGCCUGCUAUGGAGGACCUCUUGAGUCAAAAUGAGUGUGAGCACUGACAAUGUCACAAACUUGUGGAAAAAUGGUUCCUCGGAACUCGGCGGGACUCCGGGCGCGUCCUCCCCGGUCAACUUCACCAACAGCUCCGGGGGGAACCACACAGAGGUGGACCUCACCCGAGCCAUCCCGCUCGGCUUGGUGCUGGGGGCUUUCAUCGUGUUCGCCAUCGCGGGCAACAUCCUCGUCAUCCUCUCGGUGGUCUGCAACAGGCACCUGCGGACACCGACGAACUACUUCAUCAUCAACCUGGCCAUCGCCGACCUGCUGCUGAGCACCACGGUGCUGCCGGUUUCCGCCACUCUGGAGAUCUUAGACUACUGGGUGUUCGGGAGGAUCUUCUGUGACAUUUGGGCAGCUGUGGAUGUGCUGUGCUGCACCGCAUCCAUCAUGAGCUUGUGCGUAAUAUCCAUCGACCGCUACAUCGGAGUGAGCCACCCGCUGCAGUACCCGGGCAUCGUGACGGAGAAGCGGGCUCUGCUGGCCAUGCUCGGGGUGUGGGUGCUGUCGGUGGUCAUCUCCAUCGGACCUUUGCUCGGGUGGAAGCAGCCGCCGUCGCCGGACGACACGGAGUGCCCCAUCACCGAGGAGCCAUUUUACGCGCUCUUCUCCUCCCUCGGCUCCUUCUACAUCCCUCUCAUCGUUAUUCUGGCCAUGUACUGCAGGGUGUACAUAGUCGCCAAACGGACCACUAAGAACCUGGAAGCCGGUGUGAUGCGCGAGAGGAUGAACUCCGGUGAGCUGACCCUCAGGAUCCACAAAGGCUCUCAGGUGAACGAGGAGCCCGGCAGUUCAGGCGCCGGCAAGGGCCGCGCGCACCAAGCGAGAAGUUCCCUCACGGUGAAACUUCUGAAAUUUUCCCGGGAGAAGAAAGCGGCAAAAACUUUGGGAGUUGUGGUCGGCAUGUUUACGCUUUGUUGGCUGCCCUUCUUCCUCGCCUUACCCAUAGGGUCUUUUAAUGCGAACUUGCGUCCACCUGAUGUCCUCUUCAAAGUGAUCUUCUGGCUGGGCUACUUCAACAGCUGCCUGAACCCCAUCAUCUACCCCUGCUACAACCGAGAGUUCAAGCUGGCCUUCAUCCGCAUUCUACGAUGCCAGUGUCACCAACGCAAACGUCCCGGCUGGAGGGCCUACAAUUACCGCUCCUCCAACUUCAGCUCGUCCGGACACUCGCGCAAAAGCUCAACAGAUCACAACUCGGGCUGCUUGAAUGGUAGCCAGCGCACUUUGCCCUCUUCAGCUAGUCCAAGCCCAAGCUACCUGAGCCAGGGUCUCCCACCUUGUCCUGAGGGGGAAACACUAUAUAUCUGGGGGGCAACCACCCCGACUCCCUCUACACCAAAUCUGCUGCCUGGCAGCCCCGCAGACUGCCAGCAGGGAGCUCUGAGAGGCGAUGUGAGGGGAGGGAAACCCGCUGAGGAGACUACUGGCAGUAUUUUCUCUUUCUCCUUUGGGAAGAACAGAGACAAGGGAGGGAUCAACAAGGACAGCAUGGUGCCUGAUGACAAGGUGUGACUGCUGAGUGUCACUGAGAUGUGACUCAUUCAUUCCUGAGAGGGAUUUAAGUCACAAACAGAACGUGGAUGUAGGAUUUCACAGGUUUGCUGCAUUCGCUGUACAUGGUCCCAUGAUCAAUCAUCAGUCAGUGCAUUGUCGUUGUCAUUAGUAGUCAAUG